ACUCUCUCUACUCUAGAGACGAAUAUGUCAUAUAUGCAUAUACACACAUCAAGCACAUAGAACUUCCACAAAACCAUCUCAAACAUUCCUUUUUCUGCUUUUAAAACCACUUGCUCAAAAGCUACUCAUUUUUCGUUUUCACCUUAAAAAUAUACCUUGUGCUUGCUCCUCCUCCUCCUUGUUCUUCAUCCAUGGAUACUUCUCAAUGGCCACAGGAUAUAGUGGUGAAACCCAUGGAAGAAAUUGUACCACAAAUAACAAAUACAAUCACUACAAGGAAAAUUAGGCCUCAUCAACAACAAAAAGACCAAGCUUUGAAGAACUGUCCAAGGUGCAAUUCAGCAAACACAAAGUUUUGUUACUACAACAACUAUAGUCUUUCUCAACCAAGAUUUUUUUGCAAGACUUGUAGAAGAUAUUGGACUGAUGGUGGAUCUCUUAGAAACGUUCCUGUUGGUGGGGUUUCAAGGAAAUCCAAAAAUCCUUCAUCAAAAAAUUCUUCUUCUUCAUCAAAUAUUAUGAAAAAUAAUAUUAUUUCUCCUACUAAAGUACAAGAUCCUCCUAAAGGGGUUCAAGAUCUCAACUUGGAUUUUUCAUCUGAUUUCAAGAUUAUAUCUGAGCUUAUCCAAGUACCAAAUCAUUCAUUUAUGCCAAUGCCCAAUAUUUCUGAUCCAAAUUCAUCAAUUUACUCAUCACUAAACUUGUUCUCUACUUUGGAUCAUGGCCUAAUUGGAAGUAGUACUAGUGGCUAUGAAUGUAAUAAUGUUCAAGAUUUGCAAGAGAGUACUACGACUACAACAAGUGGAAGGAUUUUGUUUCCUCUUGAAGAUCUAAAGCAAGUUUCAAACACAUGUACUACUGAUGAGCAAAAUAGAGAUCAGCCUACUGGAGAAUCAUCAACUGGAUAUUGGAAUGCAAUUUUAGGAGGAAAUGGAGAUCUUGGUAAUUAAAGAAAAUACAAGAAAUGAUAUGAUUUAUAACUACACAAAUUUCUAAGCUUAUUUUAGUUCACAAGUUUUAGAAGUUUUUAUCUUUUUUCUUAAUCUAGGUGCUCAGGCAAACGGUGUCACAUAAAUUAGGACGGAUGGAAUAUCAUAUAAUUUAUCAGGGAUUUUUCAGAUCUUUCAAUUUUUUUAUGAUGUUUUUUAGUGUUUUAUUGCUAGGAUAUAUUUAAUAUCUUGAAGGGUUAAAGGGUU